ACCGGGCAUCACCGCCGCGUGCAUCUGAGCCCCACCGAAACGUAGCGAAUAACAUCAGUGCUUUUUUGUGCAAGUCCGUUAGCUUCACCAGGGCAAUCCUGUGCUUCAGGAGAGCUACGCGUAUAAGUGUUGGCAGGAUCUAUACCUUACGUUUUAACUUCUCCCUUUCUCUUGCAGACUGACAUCGAGGAAGCUCCGGAGGACACGAGAAAGCUCUACAAAGAAUAUAAAAUGCUGAAGCAACACAGAGAGCCAUCGGAUCUCCCCCAAUCCAACCUGCUCUGCCAGCCGCCAGCUAAGGAAACCCCAACCGCGGAGCAGGUGCCGGACUCUGGUUGUUGGGGUGCACAUCUGAACCGGCAGCCGAAGGCCCCCAGACUGAGCUCCCAUGAUCAGGACGUGCUGAAAGCCUCUGCGCAGUACUUCGGGAUGAAGCUGAAAUCUAACCUCGGCGCAGCCAUAAAGGAGAGGCCUCCAGCCCUGAGGAGGACCCUGACUCCGAGGAGGAAACCAGCUGUGCCCAAACCGGAGAAGAGUUUGGAGAGCGGUGACAAGGGUCCAUCUCCAAACGUGGCAGCUGGGGAGGCUUUGGAGAGCGACGCAGGAGGUGGUGCUGAUCGAGGUGAACUGGAAGAUCUCCUCCUUCCUCCCUCUAUAUCGGGGCUGGCCCCUGUCGUCCUCUCUGCAGGGCUGAAGCCCAGUCCACAGGUGAAUAAAUUUCAGCAGCUGAAGCAGACGGUGGCCCAGAGAUUGGGCUCCCUGGAUCCCGGCUGGCUGCAGAGGUGCCAGGGGAUGCCCGGUCGCGAAGAGGCAACGCUGGGAGAAGAGAGCCCCUCUACCACGAACGGCAAGGACCGAGAGCAGAGAAAACCAGGCCCUGCCUCGCAGCAGGCUUGCCAGCACUUGCACAUCCCUUCUCUCGACCCAGACAGUGGCGCUGAAGCUCGGUGCCCGGAAGGGGAGAAUAAUCCCCCCGUGAAGAACUUUUUGCCAGAGAGCCGGAAACAGCAGAAAAGGCAUGAGCCCUCGAAGGGUGGAAAACGUCGUGACGCAGUGCUGGAGGGGGGUGAGCCCUCUGACCCUGGGGGAGGUGAGCGCCCAGCAGGAGGGGAGGGCAAGCAGGCUGGAAAAGGGAAGAGCGAUGGCCUGAACUCAGCGCUUGAGGGUGACCUGGGAUUGGUGAUCAAAAGGUGCGAGGGUAAGUCGGAGAGCCUCUCUGAAGUCGUCACUCAGCAGGGAGAGCGGGAAGAGGUUGGCAGGGGUCUCCUGGAGCAAGAAGGGGCCGUUGGCGAAACGGAGGAUGGACCUGCUCCGUCCAAGAAGGUCAGAGGCUGCAGGAAGAAGAGGCAACGAGACGCUGGAGAAGACGGCGAGGCUGCUGGUCCAGGGGACAGCGCAGCUCCUGCGAAGCUCCGGCGGACGGCUCGAUCGAACAUGCACAUCUCUUGGCUCACCUCAGUCAUGCUUAAGGAACAGAAGAUAUAUAGCGUUACCUUCCUGCACAGGUUUGCUCUUUGCAGGGCACCACUGCGGAAAGAGGGCAACUUCGUCAAGCUUAACCUCAAGAAGAAAUCUCACGUUAGAGGUUACGUGUUGAAAGGAAAUCGCCUUCGCAAACAGGUGUGGAAGCAGAAGUGGCAGAAGAAAGGAGAGCAGUUUGGAGGCGGCAGCAGGUCCAUUGAUAGAAGCGCCGACGUCUGCUUCAGAUGCGGCGGGACGGGGCACUGGGCGUCAGCGUGCAGGGGCAGAGGCCCAGCUGCUGCUAACCCGCCGCCCGAGGAGAACAGCCACGUGGCCGAAGAGGAGGCUCCCUUGGCCACACCUGUGCUGAUAAACUGGGGAGGGAGAAGACACAGCAGUUUUGGAGCAGAGAGCAGGAGCAGCAGCCAGGAGGGACACGAGGAGGUCUCGGCGGAGGCACCUUACCUGGAUGUGCAGAGGCCGGUGUAUGAGCCACCCACUCCCCCGGCCCCCAUGGAGCCCCUUUAUGGCCUGGGGCCAGACGGGAAGGUGAGAGAGACCCCUGAGGAGGUGUUUCAGGCUCUGUCGGAGCUGGGGUACAGCUCUUUCCGCCCAGGCCAGGAGGUGGCUGUCAUGAGGAUCCUCUCAGGCCUGUCCACGCUGGUCGUGCUGUCGACUGGGAUGGGCAAGUCCCUGUGCUACCAGCUCCCUGCGUACCUGUACCACAAGCGCUCCAAGUGCAUCACCUUGGUCGUCUCCCCGCUGGUGUCGCUGAUGGAUGACCAGGUUUCGGGGCUGCCCCCGCGCCUGAAGGCUGUCUGCAUCCAUUCCAACAUGAGCAAGGCGCAGCGGGAGGCAGCUGUGGAGAAGGUGAGUGAUUUCGGCUCGGACCUUUCGGGGAAGGACUAUGUUUGCUCAGGGUCUGUUUUCCUCCCUGUCAAGAUUAUGCUGGGGCCUUUAUUUGGGAAUAACUUUGCGGAGCAGACAAGCCGGAAGGGUCCUCAUAAGGGGGCUUCCGCUCUGCGGGAAGCUCUAGCAGCGCAGGUAAGAUCCCAGCCGCUGGCCUUGCAGAUGGACCUUGCCUCUUCUUCCUUGCAGGUUCUCCGGGAUCGCCUGGGUGUGCGCUGCUUCCUGGGUCUCACAGCUACUGCCACGCUGGGCACAGCACAGGACGUGGCUCAGCACCUCGGGAUCCAGGAGGGGGAAGGAAUAGCCGUGCGCUCUGCGGCUGUGCCUCCGAACCUGCAUCUCUCUGUCUCGACGGACAGGGAUAGAGAUCAGGCCCUGAUCUCCUUGUUGCAAGGGGAGCGGUUUGGGUGCCUGGACUCCAUAAUUGUGUACUGCACGCGCCGGGAGGAGACAGCUCGCAUCGCGGCGCUCAUCCGGACGUGCCUCCAAGGAGUGGUGCUCAGGGAGUCCGCGGCAGCCGGGGAGCCGGGGCAGGAUGACAGCGCUGCAGAAAGGAAGAAAGCAAAGGCAAAGAAGAGCAUCCGACGCCCUCUGAAGUGGGUUGCCGACGCCUAUCACGCUGGCUUGUCGGCUGCCGAGCGCCGCCGCGUCCAGAACAACUUCAUGUGCGGCCAGCUCCGAGUGGUGGUGGCCACGGUGGCCUUCGGCAUGGGGCUGGACAAGUCAGACGUGCGCGGCAUCGUGCACUACAACAUGCCCAAGAACUUUGAGAGCUACGUGCAGGAGAUCGGCCGGGCUGGUCGGGAUGGCAAGCCAGCUCACUGCCAUCUCUUCUUGGACCCGGAGGGCAGGGAUCUCCAUGAACUGAGGCGACACAUCUACGGCGACACUGUGGAUUUUUUUACCAUCAAGAAGCUCGUGCAGAAAGUCUUCUCUCGCUGCAAGUGCCUGGAGCUUCAUCAGAAACACCAGGACAUCGCCAAGGGCGGGGAGGUGGAAGAUGCCGAAAUGGCCGAGCUCUUGGAGGAGCAGGACGACGGUGCGGCCCCGCAGGCCAGGGCGCGGGGGCCGAGCGCGCACCACCAGCGGGUGUGUUACAAGCACGAGCGGGCCAUCCCCAUCCAACAAACCGUGGAGUCUCUGGACAUCCGGGAGGAAGGUGAGGUGGGCGUCGGCGCAUGCCCAGGGGUCGCGAGGUGGUGGCAGAGUGAGAGGGAUCAGCAGCCGUGCCAGACGCCUCCGCAGACCCCCAGCUCAGCUCUACUCGAAGUGCUGCCCCCCACCUACUCUUCCUGCCGGGUGCUGUGCUACGGGGGCCCCAAGCAGCUCAGGGCCGCGGCGAGGAGCUCUCCCCCCAUCGCUGUGUUCCUGGCCCGGGAGCGCCUGGCAGGGAGGGAUCACAGUCGUGCCAGCUCCGUGGAGUUCGACGUGGUCUCGCUGAGCGACUCCAUGGGCUGGGAAGUGGUGCUCGUGAAACGGGCCCUGCGCCAGCUCCAGUGGGACCCGCGGCUGCAGCCAGCCUCCCUUCCCCGGGCCCGUUUGGGAGCUCGCAGCCGGUUGCGCCCUCCGAGGCGGGAGGGAGCUGCGGCGCGGCUGAUGCUUGUCUUGCGGAGCAGCGUGGCUUUUGGGACCUGCGACCCCCACCCCGCGCACGCAGAGCAGGAGAGGAGCUCCCGCCUGAAGGCCUUGCUCAGGGACUACUUUGAGAAGAAACCUUCUGGAGAGCAGGCUGAGCCUGGACACGAGAGCGAGGAGGAGGAAGAGACCCUCAGCGGUGCCAAGCUCCGUGACUGGGAGAGCCAGAUCCGUUCGGACGUCCGGCACUUCCUCUCCAUCCGCCAGGACGAGAAGUUCUCGGGCAGAGCCAUCGCCAGGAUAUUUCACGGCAUUGGUAAGGAAUCAGAUGUAGAAGCGGGUUUCUUCUGCCCGCUCCAGCGCGCAGGGGUUUGGCACCAGGGGGGGCUCCGCUCCCCCUCUCCUGUGCUUUCCCGGAGGUGUCCGAGCAUCCUCUGCGGCCAGGCAGGACCGCGUGGGGCCGCACCUCCCUCUCGCGCCAACCUGUGUCCUGGCGUCCUGCGGCACCAGGCCACCCGGGUCUGCAAGGAGAUGGAGCCCGAUGCGGCCCAGGACGCAGGGCAGGUGAUGGACUGCACCGGAUGGAGCUGCUGGGUGACGCUGGGCUCCACGUCCAGCAGCUCCAGGAACCCGGCACGGAAACUGCACUUGCGGGGGCUGGGGCUGCCCGUCCGUGCGGGGUCCUGCGAUGGGGUCCCACGGCAGUGA